AUGAGCAGGUCGGCGGCGCUUCUCCUCUGCCUGCUGGGCUGUAACGUGUGGAAGGCGGUGACCAAAACCUUAGCGGUGCCCGAGGCGGCUCAAGAAGUGACGCUGAAGGUCCACGUCAGCGAUGCCAGCACCCACCAGCCAGUAACUGAAGCCUUCAUUGAGAUUUUUACCAACCAGAUCUCCAUUGCAUCUGGGACCUCAGGAGCAGAUGGUACUGCCUUCCUCAAGUUUCAGUAUAAGCUGGGCAGCCAGCUGACAGUGACUGCCAGCAAACAUGCCUAUGUGCCAAACUCUGCACCCUGGAAACCUGUAAGGCUGCCUGUGUUCUCCUCGCUGAGUCUCGGCCUGCUCCCCGAACGCUCGGCCACCCUCAUGGUCUAUGACGAUGUAGUCCAGAUAGUCUCAGGAUUUCAAGGCGCACGGACCCAGCCACAGGUUCACUUUCAGAGGAGAUCUGUCAGGUUGCCAGAGAACACCAGCUACAGUGACCUGACAGCAUACCUGACUGCAGCCAGCUCACCCUGGGAGGUGGACAGCUUCCCUUAUUUGCAGGGACUGGAUGGGAAUGGAACAGGAAACAGCACCAGGUAUGACCUCACCCCUGUCACUGCAGUCAGUGUCCACCUCCUCAACAGCGAUGGGACUCCCGUCCCCGUGAACGGUCCCAUCUAUGUCACAGUGCCUCUGCCACCAAACAGCAACCUGAAGCACAAUGCUCACGUUCCAGCCUGGAGGUUUGACCAAAAAUUUGGGACAUGGCUGAAGAGUAGUCUGGGCCUGGUACAGCAAGAAGGGAACCAGCUGACGUGGACUUACAUCGCACCUCAGCUGGGCUACUGGGUUGCAGCUAUGUCCCCUGCCAUCCCAGGUCCCGUUGUGACUCACGACAUUAGCAGCUACCACACCAUGUUUCUGCUGGCCAUUCUGGGAGGGAUGGCUCUCAUUCUUCUGGUCUUGCUCUGUCUGCUUCUGUAUUACUGCAGAAGAAAAUGCUUAAGACCACGUCAACACCAUAAGAAGCUGCAGCUCUCCACAGCCCUGGACACAUCCAAGAAGGACCAGGCCACCUCCAUGUCCCACAUCAACCUGAUCUUCUCGCGCCGCGAGUCGGAGUUCCCCGGCGGGUUGUCGGUGGCUAGCAAUGGCCACACCGACAGCUCGGGGGCCAAGGAGCUGCUGGGUGCUGUCCACAUGGAGAUGGUGUCACCUGGAGGGGAAGCAGACAUGCACACGCCCAUGCUCAAACACUCCUUCAGCACCUCCCAGGAGUUCAGCUCCCGAGAGGAGCUGCUGUCUGACAAGGAGAAGGACAAGAGCAGGAUGUCCCUGGAGGAGCUGACGCCCCGCGGGUCACUGCGGAAGGACUACCACCAGUCAGCAGACAGCUUCCCUCUCCAGAUGAGGAAAUCCACCGAGGUGGCCGAGGGCUACGAGUCCCCUGGCAAAGAGGAGUACAGGAGAAGUUACAACGCGAUGCUGUCCCAGCCCUUGUUUGAGAAGCAGGAGAGGGAGAUCCAGGUGUCGAUGAACCACAUUGCUACGGGCAGCAAGUACAACGUGCAGGAGCAGAUGUACCCCCUGCCUGCGGCUCCCGAGAAGGAGCUGCUGGACUGCAGGCCUGCUGACUGCUUGAUGUCUCGCUCGGUGGAUCACCUGGAAAGGCCGACGUCGUUCCCUCGGCCAGGCCAGCUGAUCUGCUGCAAUUCCGUUGACCAGGUCAACGACAGCGUUUACAGGAAGGUGUUGCCUGCCUUGGUCAUCCCAGGUCACUACAUGAAGCUGCCGGGAGAACACCCUUUUGUUAGCCAGCCCCUGGUGGUCCCAGCUGACCAGCAGAUUGACAUAGAAAGACUUCAGGCUGAGCUUCCCAACCCUCACGCCCGGCUUUUCGCACACCCCCCCCAGCAGCUGCAGCCCCAACAGUUGGCGUCCCAAGCAAUAUCUCAGCAGCACCUUCAGGACGCGGGGGCGGCCGAGUGGAGCCAGCAGAACGCUUCCAUGUCUGAGUCCAUCUCCAUCCCUGCCUCUCUUAACGAUGCAUCCCUGGCUCAGAUGAACAGCGAAGUGCAGCUCCUGACGGAGAAGGCUCUGAUGGAGCUGGGAGGUGGGAAGCCGCUGCCCCAUCCCCGGGCGUGGUUCGUGUCUCUGGACGGGCGCUCGAACGCUCACGUCAGACAUUCCUACAUUGACCUCCAAAGAGCCGGCAGGAAUGGGAGCAACGACGCCAGCUUGGACUCCGGCGUGGACAUGAACGAGCCCAAGUGCGGCCGGAAGGGGAGAGGAGGAGAUCAGCUGCCCGCGGCCCCGGGCCAGGCGGUGGCGGUGGCGGCGGCGGCGGCGGCGGAGCUGCAGCAGCGGGAGCGGCAGGGCGCAGCCUACACGCAGCUAGUGUACCUGGACGACACCGAGCAGAGCGGCAGCGAGUGCGGCACCGCCGGCUGCAGCCCCGAGGACAAUGCCCUGCGCUGCCUGCUGGAGGGCGGCGGCAAGAGGAGCGGCGUGCAGCUGCCCAGCCUCCAGGAGGAGAGCAGAACUGUGGAUACCAAACCAGAGCCAUUAACUAGUCCUGAACGCGGAACCUCCGUUCAAGAUGAGGAGGAGGAGGAGGAUGAGGAUGAGGAAGAUGACCAAGGUGAAGAUAAGAAGAGCCCUUGGCAAAAACGAGAGGAGAGGCCGCUAAUGACUUUCAAUCUAAAGUGAGCUGUUGUGAAAAUCCACCCUUCAGUGGAGUAUCAAAUUGCCAAAUAUUCUUUCUGUGGAAGUGCUUGAGUUUUAUUGCUUAUUUUUAAUGAUUUUGGGGUUUUUAUGUUUGGUUUUGGUUUGGUUGUUGUCAUUGUGGAGAGAAAAGAGCAAAACAAACUGUGGUGAGCAACGUUUGAGAGAACUUCAGUGCAUUACUGUGUAAAUGUUAGAGAAGAAUUAAAAUCAUUCCUCUUGACCCCACGGCUGCCCCCAGGCAGCCAGCUGAGCAAAGAGUGUGAUUGUGAUUACAUAUACUUGAUCUUGGUUAUCCAGGACCUUCUUUUGGUUGCUUUAUGACCUCAAUCUCCUGAUGAAUAGGGAGCUGGUGAAACUUUUGGGUUUGGUUGGUUGGUUUUGUUUUGUAGGCCACUUUUCUGUUGGAUAAUGCUACUGAAAGUACCUGAGAAAACCACAUCCCAAAUUAUGGGAUCACAGAAUGCGUUGGGUUGGAAGGGACCUCCAAAGGUCAUGCAGUCCAACCCCCCUGCAGUCAGCAGGGACAUCCUCUACUAGCUCAGGUUGCUUGUGCAUUAUCUGGAGCAAAGGCUAUGCAUUGCUGCUUUAUUUUUUAGG